AUGACACUUCCUGCCAGACCGACUGAAUUCGAUGCCCGGUUUCUCUACUUCCGCAUGGUAGGGACUAAGGUCACUACCUUUUGUGACUUCAAUCUGCAACAGCCAUCUGCUGUCUCUCCCUCCGCGUCUGCCAUCUCUCUCUCUGUGGUUCCCCCUUCUGGGGUUUCCCCUCCGGCUGUCUCCCCUCCAGGUGUCUCCCCUCCGGUCUCGACGGAUUCCUUCGCUGCGGCCCCUACCAAUGUUUCCCUCUCUGGGUCGGCCCCCCUAGGGAUCAGCCGCUCGUGGAUCAUCACGGAAAGGCUCUCGGAGGAGGCUGUUUAUCUCACACAGGAAGAUGCCGACGACGGCUGUGGGUCUCCUAUGACAGUUGGUAAAUUUCUGUGCCAUCUAGAGGAGGACCCAACCCAGAUAGCGUUUAUGCGAGUUUAUUACCAGAUUCCUAUCACUGGGACGGAGCACGCUCCUCCAGCUACACGAACCCAACAAGUCCAACCUGAUGAGGUGUGUGGUGAGAUAGAGGCAUUUAAGCUAUUGAUGAGUCAAGGCUGUUGCUCUGUUCCACGUCUCCUUGGUUACUGCGAAAAAAAGCAAGGGGAACAUGAUCUCGUUCCUGGUGGCUAUGUCAAAUACAUUGUAUGGGAAAAGGUGCCUGGGGAACCUCUUACAGAGGAUUUUUUCUGGAGCUUGGAUCCCCAUAAACGAAAGGAUAUCCGUGCUAAGUUCCGCGAUGCCUUUGAGGAGAUGCUGCGUUGCGGUGUAAAACCACAGGAGUCAAGAAUCUCGAAGAUUAUCUAUGAUCAGUCGAGUGGCAAUAUUCGCAUUUCGGGUUUUCGAAGAGGAUGGCCUAUCCGUGACAAACUCCCAUGGUCAGACACCCAUUAUGUCGCCUACAUGCUGGCUAACCCACCCGACAAGAGUGACUGGCCAACUCGCCCGGGAGAAUGGGAGCUAUGA